AUGCCAAAGUCAUAUAUAUAUAUACACUCAUACACAAUUGUGAGUUGUGUUAUGUGUGCAGUAUAUAUAAAUAAUCACAUCACAAAUCUUUACUUAAACAUUUGAAACCUCUGAGAUCUCUCUCUCUGUCUCUCUCUCUCUCUUUACAAGUUAUUUCUCUUAUCUACCUCCUCUGUUUUUUCUUGCUCUGCUCCAAUGGGGGAACAAAAAUGGAUAAGAGGACCAAUCAUAGGUCGAGGCUCAACCGCCACUGUCUCACUAGCAAUCACAAAUUCCGGUGAAUUCUUUGCCGUCAAAUCCGCUGAGCUUUCUUCAUCGGCGUUUUUGCAGAGAGAAGAAUCGAUUUUAUCGAAGUUGAGCUCUCCUUACAUAGUCAAGUACAUUGGGUCUGAUUUAACGACAGAGAACGACAAAUUGGUGUAUAAUCUCAUGAUGGAAUAUAUUUCCGGCGGGAGUAUUCACGAUUUGAUCAAGAAUUCCGGCGGGAAGUUGCCGGAGCCGGCGAUUAGAUCCUACACGCGUCACAUACUGAAAGGUUUGAUUUAUCUUCACGAUCGAGGAAUUGCUCAUUGCGAUUUGAAGAGCCAGAAUGUUAUGAUCGGAGGAGAAACUGCGAAGAUCGCCGAUUUUGGUUGCGCUAAAACGGUGACGAAAAACGGGAAUUUGGAAUUUUCCGGUACACCGGCGUUUAUGUCGCCGGAGGUAGCGCGUGGUGAAGAACAGAGUUUUCCGGCUGAUGUAUGGGCUUUGGGAUGUACAGUGAUAGAGAUGGCUACUGGGUUAAGUCCUUGGCCGGAGCUAAACGACGUCGUAGCUGCGAUUUACAAGAUUGGUUUCACCGGCGAGUCGCCGGAGAUUCCAGAGUGGUUAUCGGAGAAAUGUAAAGACUUUUUGAGGAAUUGUCUGAGAAAAUGUCCGAAACAGAGAUGGGCUGUUGAAGAAUUGCUUCAACACCCGUUUCUCGACGAAGAAGAAGACGAGGAAUCUCAAACUCAAUCUCGUGACUGUCUGAAUUCAUCUUCUCCUAGUACUGUGUUGGAUCAAGGUUUCUGGGAUUUAUGCGAAACCUCGAGAAGUCGAUUAAUUCAGGCGGAUCACGAAGACCCAUUUGCAAAUUCUUCGACUUUCUUGUGGGAUUCUUCACCUGCUGAUCGGAUCAAGAAACUCACCGGAGAUGAGAAUUCCGGCGAACCGGAGUGGAUUACGGCGGAGGAUGAUUGGUUUGAAGUAAGAGGCCGCAACGAAAUCGGAGAGAUGGAGAAGCGUAACGAAGACGAAGACGCGAAUUGCGUUGAAGCUACGUCACCGGAGGAAGACGAAGUGGGAGGAUUUGAGUAUUGGAUCUGGGAUCAAGAAGACAGCUUGUUCUUGGAAUAUUCCACUGAGAACAACAUUUUUUAUAAUAAUUACUCUAAUAACCUCUUUGAAGAGGAUAUAAUUCUAUAUUAUGAUCAUCUUGAAGAUGGUUUUGUACCACGAGACGAUAAUUUUCGUGAUAAUAAUAAGAAAAUUCAUUUAUUUAGCCACAUUAUGAGUUAUGUUUUAGAUUCCUUAACAGAUUCGAUUCAUAGCUUUGACAACUACGCCGAGAUUCAUAACGCGGCGAUUAAAGAGCAAACAUGUGACUUAGUGCAAUUUUUUAGACAUUAA